GACACCAAGCUGACGCAGUGGCUGCACACCACCCUGGUGGAUACACUCAGCUCUCCAUGCUGGCUGCGUACCUCGAUGUCCUCCAGACCCUCAAGUGCAAGCUGCCGUCGCUGAUCGAUAAAAUGAUCAUCUCGUCCACGGCCAAGUCUGGGGCAGCCGGUGCAGAGGCCCUGCCCUUGUUGCUGAAGCGACCUUGGGAUCCUGCUGUCGGAGUCUUGUCCCACAACAAGCCCACUAAGGUCCCAGGUGCCCCACUGCUUCUCAUCGCUCCUGGUGGCCACAAUAACAUGGCCUCUGCCUCACGCAGGAACCGAUUCUGGUUGUCCCAGCUGUCCUGUUUGGGAAAGGUAAUCCCGGUCACCAUGCACAUUGUCAACGGCGGCUCUGGAGUGAGCGUGUCCCAGUGCCUGGAGCACAUGAUUGGGGCCGUCCGCACAAAGGUCCUGGAGCUGCAGACUCACUUUCCGAGCCGACCGAUUGUACUGAUGGGGUGGAACGUCGCUGCUCUCGUGGCUUGUCAUGUCUCGGUGAUGGAGUUUGUGUCUGCUGUAGUUUGCCUCGGAUUCCCUCUUCUCACAGUGGAAGGACCAAGAGGAGAUGUAGAUGACCCUCUGCUGGACAUGAAGACGCCCGUGCUGUUUGUGAUUGGCCAGAACUCCGUGCAGUGCAACGCCGACUCCAUUGAGGAUUUCCGGGAGAAGCUGCGGGCUGAAAACAGCCUGGUGAUAGUUGGUGGUGCUGACGAUAAUCUCAGGAUCAGCAAAGCAAAGAAGAAGACGGAGGGUCUAACGCAGAGCAUGGUGGACAGGUGCAUCCAGGAUGAAAUAGGCGACUUCCUGACCGGUGUGCUGACCAAGUGCGAGUCGCAGGCGGGGUUUGAAGCCAAGGAGGUUGACCUGGACAAGAAGAGGAGAUGUCGGGACACAAGGCGGGACUUGGCCUUCGAGCUGUCGGAGAGGAACAGCCGGCCCGCGUCCCCGUUCAGCCGCGUCCCGGUCUCUCCCUCUGGCUCAGAGGGAACGUCGAGCGUGUCGAGCAGCCCCACCUCCAGCCCGAAGACAAAGAGCGCGUCCCUGUCCCUGUCCCCGGCCCAGAAGGCCAGCCUGAUCACUGCCACGGCCACCGCUGCCAGCCAGUCGCCCAGCCUCUCCGCCCAGUUCUCACACAUCCUCAAACAGCACAUGCAGAAGACCGGCACUGUCCUCACCCAGAAACAAGCUCAAGCUCAGUUUGCUGCAUUCCUGAAGCAGAACGUGCUGGUGAAGAAGAAUUCCAGUCUGGCCAACUCGUCCUGUGUCUUCGUACCUGUGACGUCGGAGCCGCAGGAUGUCGGGGACAAGGACGACGCUAAGGCGCAGCUGAAGCGACGGCAGGCCACGAGCCCCACGCCCCUCGUCUCCAAACCCGCCAAGAAGGCCAAGAUCAAGGUGACCAUCCUGUCCCACGGAGACGUGCCUGCCUCCACCGCCCUGCCCUACGCUGGAGCCAAGGACGGUGAGCUCUGCCGCUGCCGGGCACCGCUCUCCCAACCCCACGGCGGUGCCCCAAAGCCCUUGACCCUCUCCGUCAGCCAGCCAGCCUCCGUCACCAAGGAGUUGCUCGCCAGUCAGAGAGUGGCCGCGGUGGACUCGUUCAUCAGCUGCCCCGGUGCCACGGUGACCACUGCCGCACUGCCCACCAACACCAGCGCCUUCCACACCAUCCAGGCCAGAGUGACCGCUGCCCCCGGCUCCACACAGCCAGCCCAGGUUCACCUGGGUCCCGCCACGCCAGGGGCUCCGUCUGCCAGCAGCCUGCUCCAGGGCCUGAGCUUCAGUCUGCAGGACAUGGGAACCAAGGCCAGCACCACCGGCCAGGCGGGCAAUGUGAAGGGUGCGGGCCUUGUCCCGGUCACUUCCACUCCCAUCGUGAGGACCAUCACCGCCUCCCCUGCUGCGGCGAUGCCGGCCGCCAAACCCAGCGCCAUCCAGCAGCUGAUCAGCAACGGGGGCCUGGCCAAGCUCACCGGCACCACCGGCACCAGCACCACAACCCUGCCAGGCGUCAAGCCCCCCACCACCAUCACGGUGACGCUGAGGGCCCAGGCUGUCCGCGGACCCACCCUGAACCAGCCCGGCACUGCCGCCACCACCCUGGUGCUGGAGGGGACGGAGACGGAGGUGAGAGGGCCCCAGCCCCAGCCCCAGCCCCAGCAGUGCUCGGACCCGCUGCUCCAAAUCCCAAGAGGCCAAGGUGUCGGCGCCAUUGACCAGACCAAAGUGAUCGCGGCACGGGACGCAAGCAAAGCUCAGCCCCCCCUGGAGACGAACCCCAACCCCCAGAGUCUCUCCUCAACUGUCGUUACAACAAGUCCAACCAAGACUCUCUAUGUGAUGUCUGAUGCCAAGAUGUCUGCCCUCACCAAAUCGAUUAUCAGUCCUCUCGAAGUGUCCUCUCCGCGCACUCUGGGGACUCCCACUUUGAGCACAGUGGGUGCAGUGAUGAGUCCUUCCACCGUCAGCAUGCUGUCCAAGGUCGGUCCUGUCCUCAGGAGCUCCUCCGGCCCCACCAACCUCGCCACGGCCGCAACAGGAGGGGAGAGGUUCAGCCUGGCCACUGGGGCUGCAAGUACAGAGACACUGGGCAAAGUGCCCUCAGUAAUGGACCAAGGGAGCACCAUCAUCCACACUACUGCAACACCCUGCCUGGUGGGAUCCUUGGCAACCAGUGGGCAGCAGUGACUAUCACCACCUCCCCCACACUGUCUGUAGGACAGGGACAAGUGUCGUUGCUUACUGCUUAUUUUUGUAAUAUUUUACUGGCUGCGUAUAAUUGCCGGAUUUGUUGACUGCAGCACUCACUUCAUCUUCCCCCAGUGGUGGCACUAAAGCUGACCCUUGCCACUAAAGCUGACCACCAGUGUGGUACAAGGCUCCAUCCACUACUGUCUUUGAGGGUAACAAGAAAUAAAGAGCUGUGGAAACAA